UGCAAAUCGCCGCUGCAACGCUGUCUCUCAAGGACAUAUGUACGAUGUAGAGUGAGCUCAGACGCUAUAGUGCGGAACAAUAUGCCUCGCAGGUUGAUACUUGUCACUGCCCUCCCUUUGGAGACAAUUCCUGUUCAAUUGACGAUCAUGUACGAACUCAGGGCAUCGACAGUGUAUGCGGUUUUCUUUACCAGGAUGGACUUUAUUGCAAACCCGAAUACUACCUGCCGCCUUCAUCUUCAUCAUCCAAAUGAUUAGCUGGCCUAGUUACAAACACGGCAAAUGGGUUCUCUACGUCGAUGCUCAGGACCGGCUGAGUCUGGGUCUAAGACAUCGGCCGCAGCUUGCAGGAGUCGUUAGAAAAUUUACGGUAUUGAACCUUGGCGGUCUCUUUCAUUGUGAGUCAUGUUCGAAAUCAGGCCGAUGAGACAGGAUCAGGAUCGGGAUCGGCCUGUUUGGACCAGGUGCAGGAAAGAGUUAUCUAUGAUGUUAUCGCGGGUGCG